AUGUUUCGGCUCGCAAGUGCUCUUCCAAGCUUCAGGGGAAGCAACAAUGGUGUCGAUUGUCAUGCAAAGGCCGCAGCAGAAGAACAAGACCAGGUGCCACCACUGAACACAGACAUUCCGGCCAGCACCAACCAGGAGACGACCCCCGUUCAGGGCAUUCCUCCCUGGGUGCGCGAACUGAACAACUCUCGGGUCACCAGGCACAGCCGCGCUUCAUCGAUUGUCUCGACACAGUCAAAGUUCACUACGACUACUCUGCAAGACGAUGCACGCAGCAUUGACAUCAAUGUGGGCGGACAGUUGUUCCGGAUCAGUCGAGAUGGCUCCCGAGUGACAGCUGAUGCUCCUCCACCGUAUACCGGGCCAGGAGAAGUGGUUCGAUUCCGGACAGAUCGAGCCCAUGAAGCUGCCACCCUCGAUGAGGACGACGAGGAAGGGGACGAGGCAGAGGGUGGCGCGGUCACACCAAGAUCGACCUUUGUCACCCUUGAUACAGACCGCGGAAUUCGAGCCAACGUCCUCGACCCAACAGAGUUAGAGAUGCCUUCUCCAGUAGGGCACGAUCAGGUCAGCCACCGAUCCCUUCCCGCUACACUUGCUCAGCAUCCACAAGCCCAGGGCAGGUGGGAAGCCUCACAAGAGGCCACAUCGACCCUCCAACGCGCGGUGCUAGAGUCAUCGCCUCUGAGCAGGACAAAUGGCGUGCGCCUGCCUCGCCUCAUCACCUCAAGCGACAUUCCCCAGGCAACCCAUCGGCCCCGGCGCCUCCAGAAUGUUUCAUCCCGGGGGCAUCCAAUCCAGGUUCGAUCUGCGGGCGCGAUCCUUGGUGAGCAGCCCGCCGACCGUGAACCAACAUCGCCCGACUACAUCGGACGGAACGCGUCAGGCGCCUUUCCGUUUCCGAACAGAGCGGUCACGACUCAGCACGCAACCGCAAUGCGACAUCGCUACCCAUUGGUGGACAAGGCGAGCACGGAUGGGUCGGAUCAUGCACGAGAGGAGAGCGGCACCCCUCUCUCGAUGGACGACGAGAACGACAUCAGUCUGCAUUACGCGCGUAUGAUGCGCACAUUGGAUGCAGCACAUCGGAAGGCGAUGCUCUUGAAGGACAAGCAAGUGUCCGAACUGCGGGAGAAGCUGAAUGAAAAGGACAUUGUUUUGAGACAGCAGCUCCGCGCGAAAGAUUUUAUCAUCGACGACCUGAAGAAGAGGCUCAGCAAUCUAGAGGAGAAUGUCGAGAGCAUGCUGGAGAAGGCGCGACACCAGGUCGAGGACCUGUGGGAAGCUCGGUGGAAGGAUCGGGACUUUCACCUGCGGGAGAGGAUGAGGCGGAUGGAGGAGGAUGCGCAAAGGAAUAUGGACAGGUUGGGACUUGGUCAGCCGCUGUCAGAGGACGACGGAUCGAAGAGUCUCCGGUGA